ACACGGAGACUUUUCAAUGCGCUUUCCACGCGCGCCAUUAAAACCAGGUAUCGUCUUCCUCGGUUUCCUCCUUCCCUGCUGUUCUGCAAAUUCUCAAUCCCAGCUCUGUUUUCUCCGACAAUGGCGCGAAAGUAUUCUCUUCUCAAGCAAACCCUAGCUUCUCUCUGCUUUAUUCUCGCCCUAUACGCCAUCAUCAACACUUUAAUCAGCUCCACCGCCACUCUGAAACUCGACCGCUCCUUCCCCUUCGACAUUGCCAAUUCCGUCAUGGUUUCGGAUGAGCUUGAUUCUCAAGAAAUUGAUUUCCCCAAUACUUCAGGGAAAUCGGUUUUUCCUGUGAAGAUUUAUCACUACGAUGUGCCGACCAGGUUUACGUUUGGUGUAAUUGAGCACCACGGCAUAGCGCGCGGAGGAAAGACCAUUGGUAAAAUCACGGAGCUCAAGUAUCCAGGCCAUCAGCACAUGGCGGAAUGGUUUUUGUUCUCGGAUCUGCUUCGACCGGAGUCGGAGCGUGUUGAGUCUGCUGUGGUUAGGGUGAUGGAUCCUGAGGAAGCGGAUUUGUUCUAUGUUCCGUUCUUCUCGUCCUUAAGCUUGAUCGUCAACCCUAUUCGACCUGCGGCAGGGUCGAAUCAGCAGCAGCGGAAGCUUGCCUACAGUGACGAGGAGACGCAGAAGGCUUUGAUGGAGUGGUUGGAGAAGCAGGAGUACUGGAAGCGGAACAAUGGGCGGGAUCAUGUCAUUAUAGCGCAGGACCCAAAUGCAUUGUACAAGGUGAUUGAUACGGUUAAAAGCAGCAUAUUACUCAUUUCGGAUUUCGGCCGGUUGAGAUCAGACCAAGCUUCACUAGUGAAGGACGUGAUCAUACCAUACUCCCAUAGGAUCAGUACAUAUAAUGGUGAUAUUGGAAUUGAGAAUCGCAAGACUUUGCUGUUCUUCAUGGGCAAUCGAUACCGUAAAGAGGGAGGAAAAAUUCGUGAUAUGCUUUUCAAUAUACUUGAGAAAGAACGGAAUGUCAUAAUCAAACAUGGAACACAAUCAAGAGAGAAUAGGCGUGCUGCUACACAUGGUAUGCAUACAUCUAAGUUCUGCUUGAAUCCUGCUGGUGACACUCCCUCUGCUUGUCGACUCUUUGACUCUGUAGUAAGCUUGUGUGUACCAGUGAUUGUCAGUGAUAGAAUUGAGUUGCCUUUUGAAGAUGUUAUAGAUUACUCCAAGAUUGCGGUGUUUUUCGAUUCGGUUUCUGCAGUGAAACCUGGAUUUUUAGUUUCAAAGCUGAGGAAAAUAUCUAAACAGAGGAUUCUGGACUAUCAGAGAGAAAUGAAAGAGGUAAAGAGAUACUUCGAGUACACAGACUCAAAUGGCACAGUGAACGAAAUAUGGCGUCAAGUCUCACAGAAGUUACCUCUCAUUAAGCUAAUGAUUAAUCGUGAAAAGAGGGUGAUUCAUAGAGAAGUUGAUAAACCAGACUGUUCUUGUCUCUGUGCAAACCAAACUGGCAUCAGGGCCAGACUAUAAUUCGUUAUUUAUGAAUUUCUGGGAGAAUCCAGGAUGUUCUAUGAGUGGCGCGCCAGCUGCUGCGAUGUCUUGCUAGUUCCAACAUUUGAGAUGCCCGCAUUCCUUGGCUAAGCUGGCUCUUCUGCUAACCAGGUAAGUGGAGGUUGCCAUAUUUAUACGCCCAUUCAAUUACUUCUCUACACUCUACUGUUGAGUUGGUCAUGUAGAACUCACCAUAGGCAUACAAAAUCUGGUAGUAUUUGUAAUUAUUUUUGUACAUUUUUUGAGCAUUGUACAGAAUAAGGGUCUGUUUGAUCCUUCCAGAUUUGACUCAAGUUGUUAGUUAAUCUUCAUUUUCCUUAGUUCUAGGCUUGAGAUAGACAGUGGAGCGUUAGAAAAAUGUCCAAUGAGGAAGUUGUUUUUUUUGCUAGGUAAAUUUCACUUCGAACUCGAGUAUCACUAUUCUUUCACAAGCUCAAUAGACUUCGGUCCUUUCCCUAUCGGUAUCGGUCUCUUUCUUCUCGUUCUUGUUCGUUUAUUGACAAGUACCAUAGAUUAUGAUUAAAAGUACUUUUACUCUCUAUUGCUCAAUGUUUUUGCGUGGUGAUAUUGGUAGCUAAAAGGAGAUUCUUGGGUGAACGGGUGAAGGCUGUUUUGCAUAUUCCAAACUGCAUAGGCCGUACUCGUUCGCUCAUUCAAUGGAUGCAUGCUAGCCUAGUUUGGUGGCCACUUUGAGUUAUUGAAGCAAAACAUGGUGCCAAUUGAGGCGCAAGACAAAAUCAUGUGAAACCAACGAUGGUUGGUCAUUUUGGUUUGAUUUGAUUCUUUUGGUUGCUGAGAAGAUUGAUAUGGUUGCUCCUGGUUCCCAAAAAUUGAGCAUUUGGAUCAAUCUUGUAACAACAGUAUAAUAAAUAAACAAAUGGCAACUGUUCCAUCU